GUACCCAAUAGUAAUGCUAUCCAUGAUAAUUAUUUGAACUCACCAUCGCGUAAUUCCUGCAUGCCGUGGGAUGGAGGAACUGAAUGUUGAAGGAGCGCAGAAAGUGGAGGAACUGAAUGUCAAAGGGGUGCAGCAAGAGGAGGAACUGAAUGUUAAAGGGGUACAUCAAGUAGCUGUUGUUCCAGACACUGCCGGCUCACUGGAAAACUUGACUGAUUCAAAGCCUCUUGUUUCUGUUGUUUUUACUGAAAGUUCCCCAGAUGGUCAUAACAGACAUUUAAGUGAAGAUUUAAGUUCGCUUACAAUUAAUAAUAUACGUGUGAAUGGGGAGGAGAUUUGCCACAACCAAUCUAAGGGGAAUGGUCACAAUAGAAAUUUCAGUGAAGAUAUAGGUUCCCUUACAAUUAAUGAAUGUCGUGCAAACAAAGUAGAGGAAAAUUGUCAUGACCAGCUUGAAGGGAAGGAACAACAACAAAUUAGUCGCCAUAACUCAGCUGAAAGAAACAUUUUUAAGGCAGCGGAGAUCGCCGAACGUUUCAUUCAGGCUCUAGAUAAUAGAGUUCUUGUUGAAACUGCAGCACCGAUUGAAUCUGUUAAAGAUGCUGUUAGUAAAUUUGGAGGGAUUCUUGACUGGAAAGAGAGGCGUAAAAAUGUUCAACUCAAACUUGACAAGGUGCGGGAAGAAGGCCCCGAGUACCAGAGAAGAUUCAUAGCUGAAGAAGUUGAGAAAAGCAAAGUUCUGCAGGAGCUGUGUAGCACCAGGCGGAUCAUAGAAGGGCUGAAAUUAAGCCUGGAGAAAGCACAAACUGGAGCAUUGCAAGCACAGCAAGAUGCAGAGCUCGCUGAGAUACGAUACAAAGAGAUACAACAGGGUAUUGCUCGCAAAGAGAGUGCUGCAGUGAAGGCAGAGAUUGCUCUUGCCAAAGAACGCUACGCGACUGCCUUAGCAGACUUGCAGUCAGUUAAAGAGGAGCUAGAGCAGCUUGAGAAGGAACACACAGCUUUAAUUACGCAUAGGGAGAAUGCUGAGAUUAGAGCACAUGAAUCCACUGCCGCGUCUCAGGAGAUUGAGAAGAUCGUGGAGGACCUUACCCUUGAGCUCAUCUCACUGAAAGAGUCACUUACCUCUUCGCACGCUACCCACAUUAUAGCAGAGGAGCGAAGAAUAAAUGUGGCUUUGGCGUAUGAGCAAGAAAAGCUGGAUUCGCAGAAUGAGUUGAAGCAAGCUGAGGAGGAGAUUCAAAAGCUGAAUGGCGAGAUCUCGGCCAAUAAAGAUCUUGAGUCUAAGCUAGAAGCUGCUUCUGCGUUGCUGGCAAAUCUGCAAAGUGACUUUACUGCUUAUAUGGAAGGGAUACUGCCUGAGAAGGAAAGCGAGGUUGGAGAGAAAGUGCGAUCCAUGGUUAGUGUCCAGAUGAAGCUGGCAAAGACCAGGAAAGAGCUUGACGAUAUGAGGACAAACAUCGAAACGGCCAAGGAUGAGGUGAAAGGGCUGUGGAAUACUGCUGCUGCAUUACGAGCUGAUCUAGAGAAGGAGAAGGCAGACCUCACAGCAUUGAAAGAUAAAGUGCAUCAUGCAACAGUUUCUGUCUCGUCUCUCCAGGAAGAACUGAGAAAGACGAUGCGUGAACUCAGCGUUGUACAGGAGAGAACAGAAGCGGCUAAAAUGCCCAUAGAGCUACAGAAGGCUACUCAAGAAACACAACUAGCAAAGGCGAAGGCUCGGUUGGCCUGCGAUGAGGUUACAAGGGCUAGUGAAGAGGCAGACCGAGCUAAGGCAGACGUCAACAUUGUCCAGUUGAAGCAAGAAGCAGUUUCAAGGGAGAUACUCGCGGUUAAAGCAUCAGAAGAGAUUGCAAUGGCCUCAGCAAAUGCACUGCAAGAAUACAAAGAGGAGGGAGAAAUAGAUCCCCAAGCUAACCGAGGAAGUGACAAGAGCAUGAUGGUACCACUUGAAGACUACGAUGCGUUGAACAAGAGAGCAAAGGAAGCCGAUGACCGAGCUAAGAAGCGGGUUAUGGAGGCAGUUGAGAAGAUCAAGGAGGCCAAGGAGGGAGAGGUGAGGAGCUUGGAUAAGUUGCAUCAGCUGACCAAACAGAUUGAUGAAAGGAGGGAGGCGCUGAGGGACGCGCAUGAGAAAGUCAUCACAGCACAAGACAACAAGUUGACAAUGGAGAACGAGCUGAGGAAAAGAAGAGCCAAGCAUGGCCAACAUUACACGGCGGGCGAUGCCGAUCUCGCGAUUCCCGGUGUCUGCCUUCUGAAUGAUAGUGCAUGCUCUUUUGAUGCAGCGGGAUCGUCUGCUUCUCAUGCGCAAGGAGGAGGCCUAGGUAGAGCCGACACCAUCGCGACAACUGCAGCAGCAGAGCCAAAGGCGCGGAAGUCCUUCUUCCCUCGCUCCAUAGCGAUGAUGUUCAUGAAUAGGAAGAAGACACAUUCGAAGUGAACCUCCGUAGUUUGCUGAUUUCCUAUGGUAUGAUCCCUCUGUACAUGUAUCAAGUAGGUUACACAAUUUUUUUUACACCGAUUGUACUUAUCGUUCAGAAAUGAAAUCUGAUUUCGUCGGUCUGAGCUUGUCACCAACCUUGCAAUCUUUUCUCUUUGUCAAUGAAGCUGU